GCUCAUCCGCCUUUCGUGCGCAGGCGCAGUGUCAUCUCGGCCAGUUACUGCAGCAACGAGCGCGCAGCCGUCGGCGCCAUGGACAAUUUCUCCUCAGAUUUUCCCUCAGGCGCCCCGGGCGGAGGCAAGGUGGACGCGGGGACCAUCAUGGAGCAGGUGAAGCUGCAGAUCGCCGUGGCCAACGCCCAGGAAUUACUACAGAGAAUGACUGAUAAGUGUUUUAGGAAGUGCAUUGGCAAGCCAGGAAGUUCCUUGGACAACACUGAGCAGAAAUGCAUAGCUAUGUGUAUGGAUCGAUAUAUGGAUGCCUGGAACAUAGUGUCGCGAACGUACAACUCCAGAUUGCAGAGAGAGCGUGCGCGAAUGUAAGGUGACCAAGGUGACCAUUCAAAGGGACGGCUUGUACUUGGGACGAGUUGAUGCCCGAGAGAGAACUUGAGAACAAUGGAAAGAUAUACAACAGAAAAUACUGGGUAAAUCUCAAGAACAGCUGUAAACCUGCCUAGUUUUAUAAUUCUGUCCAAACUGCACUUUGAGGGCCUAAUUAAGAGAAUAAUAAAAUACACAACAUUAAAUAUGAA